AUGCCCUGGCUGGGGUCCGCGCCGCGCUGGGCGGCCGCCGCGGGCCGUUGGGGCUGCAGGCUGCUCGUGCGUGCUGCUGUUUCUGGUGCCGGCGCCGGCGGCGCCUCCGAGAUCACCUUGGAGCUGCCGGACAAUGCCAAGCAGUGUUUCUACGAGGACAUCACGCAGGGCGCCAAGUGCACUCUCGAGUUCCAGGUUAUUACUGGUGGUCACUACGAUGUAGACUGUCGACUAGAAGAUCCUGACGGUAACGUGUUGUACAAGGAGAUGAAGAAGCAGUAUGACAGUUACACCUUCACAGCCUCCCAAAAUGGGACAUACACAUUUUGCUUUAGCAAUGAAUCUUCUACUUUCACACAUAAAACUGUAUAUUUUGAUUUCCAAGUUGGAGAAGACCCACCUUUGUUUCCUAGUGAGAACCGAGUCAGUGCUCUUACCCAGAUGGAAUCUGCCUGUGUUUCAAUCCAUGAAGCUCUGAAAUCUGUCAUUGACCAUCAGACUCACUUCCGCUUGAGAGAAGCUCAAGGCCGAAGCAGAGCCGAGGAUCUAAACACGAGAGUGGCCUACUGGUCAGUAGGAGAAGCCCUCAUUCUCCUCGUGGUUAGCAUAGGGCAGGUGUUCCUUCUGAAAAGCUUUUUCUCCGAUAAAAGAACCACAACUCGUGUUGGAUCGUAAUUUGAGAAUUGAUGCACCAUUGCCGCUGUAAUAUUGCUGUCCUCUAAUUAAUUUUAGGUACCGAAGAACUUAAUAUGGCAACAUUUUUAGAACCUUACUCAUACACUUGUUGUGGGGGGGGAUGUACAAUGCAUAUCCCCAAGCUGUGGAAAGGACACCUUUUUUUAUUUGUAAAGGUAGAAAAACUUUGGGACUUAUUUUGGGCUAUUCAUAAAUAUUCAGCACAAUGAUCUAUACUUUUCUGGGUUGUUUCUAUCUACUCUUGGCACACUAAACUUUGGUAAUUUUGAUUCCUCUUAUCCUUUUAAAAGUACUUUUCUUGUAAGCAGUGGAUAUUUUAAACAAAGCCUUCAAUUUAAUGCCGACGUGUUGUGGAGGAAGAAAAUUACCUUUUAGUUGUUUAUAGUAAAUAAAGUUUUGUUUUUAAGAAAACCAUAUGUGAUUAACUGUAGCCCAAACCCUAUUCUGCAUUGUUUAAUUUUAUGAGGAAAAAAAUCUACCAUAGAAAUGUUAGUUAAUGUUGAUAUAAUUUUAAAUUGACACAUCAUGGUUUAAUUUAUUUCUCAGUAGCUUGGAAAAUGUCAUUUUGUUGUUUGGGUUUAUUCUAUGAUCUAUGACCAGAUAUGUUAUUUUUUUUUUCAUAAAGACAUUUUUACCACACAGGAACUAGUAUGUUUCAGUAACAGAGUUUACAGAGACCUUAAAAAUCAGACUGUUGUUAACAGGUAGAAUAAUUACAGAAUAAUUUAAGACACUACAAUGGGGAGCAAAUGACAUGAGAAAACUUUUAGUGAGUUAUCAGCACACAUUACAUUUUCAGUGCUUUUACAAAGAAAAAAGGUGAUCUGUUUCAUUAAACAUUGAAUUGGCUAA